CAUCCAUGGCGCUCGCCGCAAAAUGCAAGUAAAAUCUACGUUCUUCCACAUGAGUUCCAGCCUCUGAGAUGACACGACAACCUUAUCAGCACUGCCCACUUCGCAGACAACAUAAUUUUUAUACACAAAUUUCAAAAGUUUAUUACUUUAUACUCGAUUACUACCUUUGCUCGUCAGUCAUUUCCCCAACUAAUCACUUUAAAAAAAAAAAAAAAAAAAAAUAAUAAUAAUAAUAAUAGUUUUAAUUUUUCCGAGUGACAGAGAAGUUUCUCCCACUUAUUUGAAAAUUCUGCUGCUAAAAGCUAAUUUAUAUUGGGUAGGUGCUACUUGGUACUUACCCAAUUCAAAAUCCUUCUUUAAUUUCUCAGUUCAUUGGAAAAAAAUUUUACUCUUCUUUAGAUUUUUCAUGAUCUUGAAGGUUGUAAAUUCUUUGAAAGGCGAUUUCUUUUUGUUGUACUUCGAUCCAGACGGUGAUUUUCCCAUUUGGGUACUCGCAGUUUCAUCUUCUAUUUCCAUUUUUAGAAACAUUUCCACAGAUCUGUCUCGUCCCCUGCUCCAGAUUCGUUAAAGAUUUCCUUUUCUAGUUAAAUCUCACUUCUGGAUUUGAAUUUCGAUAUUUUAUCCAAUUUUGGCGGGGUUUUUCAUUGGGGGGUUUCCAGAUUUAUAGGCUCCUUAGUGUACAUUCUUCAAAGAGAGAUGGCAGUGGCUCGGUUAGCUCGGUUGGGCCGCCAAGCAAAACGGCCAGGUGGGUUCUGCAUAAAAAUGACGGCGGUGGCAAUCUUGGGCCUCUGUUUUAUAUUCGUCUGGUCGAUGUUUUCUUCUCCUUCCUCCUCCGUCACCACCCGAAUCGAAAGCUUCGACAACAUUGGGGCAUCGCCUGGAUCAAAGAGCACCAGGGGGAGCACUCCCAGUGGGACCCACCAAGUUGCUAGUAAUGGUGGGGAGGAGAAAAGGGCUAAUGGCUCUGCUGUGAGUUCACCUGCCCAUGAGCAUAAAUACGAGAAGGAGAAGAAAGAAGAGGUAAAUGGGAAGAAGGGGAAGGGUAAGAAAAAGUUACCAGAGAGUGUGGUGAAGGGUAAAAAUGUGACCUUGGAAUCCGAGAAUGAAGAUUCGGAGAGUGAAAAGGAAGAUGGGGAUGAAGAAAAGGAGGUGGUGGAUGGAAAGGAAGAAGCUUUGGGUGAUGACAGUGAAGGAAAUGGGGAAGCAGGGGGAGAGGGGGAUAAUUUGAUGGAGACGAUGGAUAAGGAAUCGGAGGAGGUGAAGCUGGAAGAUGACGGUGGUGAAUCCGAAAAAAGAGGGAAGAAGAGGUAUAAGAUGAAGGGUCCAUUGUUUGAUCCAAAAGCACAUUAUAGUUGGAAACAAUGUAGCACAAGGAGCAAGCAUAAUUACAUUCCUUGUAUUGAUAUGGAAGUUGGAUCUGGAAGGCUGCAGUAUAGGCAUACUGAGAGGAGUUGCCCGAAAGUGGAACCUAUGUGUCUUGUACCUCUUCCCCGCGAUGGAUAUGGCCCCCCGGUCCCCUGGCCUGAGAGCAAAGAGAAGAUAUUGUACAAGAAUGUGGAGCAUCCGAAACUGGCUGUAUUCAUCAAGGAACAUAGUUGGGUGAUGAAGUCUGGAGAAUAUCUGACUUUCCCUCAGAACCAGUCUGAAUUGAAGGGUGGGAUUCUUCACUAUCUUGAGUCCAUUGAAGAGAUGGUACCAGACAUCGAAUGGGGAAAGAAUAUCCGUGUAGUGCUUGAUAUUGGAUGUACAGAUUCCGCCUUUGGGGCUUCUCUUGUUGAUAAGGAUGUAUUAACAUUGGCAUUGGGCUUGAAAGAUGACCUAGUUGACCUAGCUCAAGUUGCCCUCGAACGUGGUUUUCCUGCUUUAGUUAGCCCUUUUCAAAAUAGAAGGCUGCCUUUCCCCAGUGGUGUUUUUGAUGCUGUUCACUGUGGCGGUUGCACCAUACCUUGGCAUUCAAAUGGGGGUAAGCAUCUUCUGGAGAUGAAUAGGAUUUUAAGGCCAGGCGGAUACUUUGUCUUGUCAACUAAACAUGACAGCUUUGAAGAAGAAGAAGCCAUGGCUAAAUUGACCGCAUCUAUCUGUUGGAAUAUUCUGGCUCAUAAAACUGAUGAAGUCAGUGACGUGGGUGUCAAAAUAUACCAGAAGCCAGACUCAAAUGAUAUAUAUGAUCUGAGGAGGAAGAAAUAUCCACCUUUGUGCAAGGAAAAUGAAAACCCAGAUGCAGCCUGGUAUGUUCCCGUGAAGACUUGCUUGCACCCCAUUCCAUCUGCCAUUGAACAGCGUGGCACAGAGUGGCCAGAGGAAUGGCCCAAAAGGCUCGAAAGGUAUCCUGACUGGUUAAGUGAUAAAGAUAAAUUGGAUGCAGACACUAAGCACUGGAAAGCUAUUGUUGAUAAAUCUUAUCUCACUGGACUGGGUAUCGACUGGUCAAAAAUUCGAAAUGUAAUGGACAUGAAAGCCAUCUAUGGAGGAUUUGCUGCAGCCCUCGCACAACAGAAGGUUUGGGUGAUGAAUGUGGUACCUGUCCAUGCUCCUGAUACACUUCCUUUCAUAUUUGAACGCGGGCUUGUUGGAACCUACCACGACUGGUGCGAGUCUUUUGGUACUUAUCCCAGAUCAUAUGACCUUUUGCAUGUGGAUCAUCUGUUUUCACGGCUUAAGAAUAGGUGUAAGCAGCCUGUAUCAAUCGUUGUUGAGAUGGAUCGCUUGUUACGGCCUGGAGGUUGGGCAAUUAUACGCGAGAAAGUUGAGGUACUGGAACCCCUGGAGGGUAUAUUGAAGAGUAUGCAUUGGGAGAUCCGGAUGACUUAUGCUCAGGGAAAGGAGGGUAUCUUAUGCGCCCAGAAAAUGUUGUGGCGGCCUUAAAACGAUAAUGCAGCUUCAUACAAGUCCAUAACAGCACGAAGACCUGCGGCGAAGCCAUGCUUCCUUCGGGUGCUCCAUCCAAUUUUGAGCGUUGUUAUAACCGAUGUUUUUGAUAUACCACUUGAAUUUUAUUGGUGAUGCAGUUGCAGUUGAUGUAGAGGAUGAGCUGAGGAAGUGAGGGUGAAUGAGUUCAGUUCACUAAGAGUGCACAUUAUUAUGUUUUUUUCCUAACCAUUUCAAGUGAUGGAUUUUUCUGUGUAUAGGUUUGUGUAUUAUAUGAUGAUGUUAUAUUAAAGAAUUAAGAUUCUUUUUUA